AUGGCGAAGACAUAUAAGCAAAUGAAGGAGGCCUGGGUGUCUGGACACACCGGGAGCUCCGUGGCAGACGUUAAUAGCGUCUCGCUCGCAAUGCCUCUGAGCAUUCUACUUUGGUCGGUCAUACAGUCGCGCAUGCGCCUUUUCACACCUUACACACCACCUGCCUUCUUCGUUGACUUCCUGCUCAACUGUGGAGCCACGUUGUUCGCGACUACCAUAUACUCCUCUUCGCCAUGGAUUCUGAACCUACUUCUACUGCUACCGGCAAUCACCCUUUACGUAUUCGAGAAGCCGGCUCCAGCGAAAGAUACUCCGCGACCACCGAAGAUCAACAAGACUGAAAAGGACACGAAGCUCGACGCACUCCCCGUCAAGCCGUUCAUUACGAAUUACCGUGGUGCGAUGAUGGUCAUUACAUGUGUUGCCAUCCUGGCAGUCGACUUCCGCGUCUUUCCUCGGCGCUUUGCAAAAGUGGAGAACUGGGGUACUUCGCUCAUGGAUAUGGGUGUGGGAUCCUUCGUCUUCACGGCUGGAGUAGUGUCUGUCCGGGCGUCUCUCAAAGAAGGGGCUAGCCGUCAGCCGCUAUGGAAGCGCCUCACAGCGUCGUUCAGACAUGCUAUCCCCCUUCUUGCCCUAGGUACAAUACGGCUCAUCUCUGUAAAAGGACUGGACUAUGCUGAACAUGUCACCGAGUAUGGUGUACAUUGGAACUUCUUCUUCACCCUAGGCUUCUUGCCCCCAUUUACCGCUCUCUUCCAAUCAGCCUUUGACUUGGUGCCGUCCUAUGCCGUUCUCUCUUUUGUCCUGGCUGCUGUAUAUGAGAUUGCAUUAGACUGGACCUCGCUCGGGUCCUUUAUACUAGUCGCCCCACGGACCAACCUGUUUUCUCAGAACCGAGAAGGCAUAUUCUCAUUCUUCGGCUAUCUCGCCAUUUUCCUUGCAGGACAGUCUUUGGGUGCGUCCGCACUACCAAGACAACAGCCCAUCGCAAAGAACGCAUCGAUCCAGACCAAGCUUCAGCAGUCUACUUUCGGAAAGCUGAUCAUGACCUCCGUGUUUUGGACGGUUCUGUUCUACUUCUCAACUAGCUACUAUGGCCUGCGACUCCCCGUAUCGCGACGUCUAGCAAACCUCCCCUACUUCCUCUGGGUGUCCUCGUUCAACAGCUACCAAAUCACCAUCUGCUACGCCAUUGAGAGUUUUCUCUUUCCAAACUUGUACAAAGCGACAACCAAAGAAGAGGAAUCUCGGAGGAGUAGGGACGCUACCAGCACUGUACUCUAUGCUUACAACCGCAAUGGUCUCGCAGUCUUCCUUGUGGCGAAUCUACUCACGGGCCUUGUCAACAUGACAUUCCCGACCCUGCACAUGAGUGUGUUCCAGUCCAUGGGGAUACUGGUCGCGUACAUUGCUACUGUGACUGCGGUUGCAGUGGGCCUUGAUAUGUACAACCUUACCAUAAAGCUAUAG